AUAUGUGAUUCAAUAUUGUCAUGUACAUACACACAUACUCGUAUAUAGCGUAAAUGACUCGUGGAGUACUGAGUAUGCAUACGUAUGCGUUUAACAUAAAGUAGUACGCGAGUAGUAUUUGACGAAUUAUCUAUUUAAAAGUCCUUAUGAGUAGGAAGUUGUAGCCAAAUAAAAUAAUACUGAGUGGAUAUAUUAAUAAGAAACCGGCAAUAAAGAAGCACAUACAAAUAUUCAUGGAUAAUCAAGACGACAUUUUGCGAAAAAUUAAUGAUGGUGUUUAUGAAUUAUCAAAGAAGCGAAAGGGUAAAAGCGGAGUUUGGAACAUUUUCGCAGAGAUUAGAAAAGCCGAUGGAUCUAUUUUACAAGGUUAUUUAUGCUGUCGAAAGUGUGUACGCUUAUACAAAUUCGAUGGUAAACGAACUUCCAACCUCAACCGCCAUAAGUGCUAUUCAUCCGUUUCGAAGGAAACGUACAAUAGAAAUAACCAUCUUGCAUUGCUUGAAAACUCUUCUAAUGAUUAUGAUUUUGCCAACGAUGUUAAAGCCUGUGACCCAAUCGCUUCGACUUACAUCCAUAAUGAACCGCAACAUUGCGAAACUCAAAGCGAAAUGUCCUGCCGUAGUAGUAUCAACACCAACAUGAAAUUGUCUGACAAUCGUACGAAUGCACCGGGGGCAGCACACAGGAAUGCGAAGCAAGUGGAGAGUUUAUGCGAAAUGAUAAAAAGUGAUUUGCAAGAUGUUCCGGAGAUGUUGUUUUUUGACGCCAAAUGGAAGAUAAUGGAUAUUUUACGAGAAGUACACAGAUCGCAAUUGAAUAAUAAACUUCAGUCAAGUGCAAGCACAUGGGCUCUUGGGAAUGGAGAAAGUGGGAGUGGAAGUCUCAGCAGUAGUAUGACAGAUCAAGGCAUUGUGGUUAGCCCUAGUCCUACAGCGCCGAAAAAGUACUAAGAUACUGUGAUUUCAGCAAGAACACAGAGAAACACUAAAAUAGUGUUCAUAGUGAAACAAGAAAAUGAGUAAAUAUUUUAUCCGGGUCCAACUAUUAUUUCUAACUUUGCAUACUACAGAAAACUCACCGAAAGUUUGUGAGAAUGUUGCUAGAACGAUGAUUCUUGAUAGUUUAUAAAUCCGACUUAUAGAGAUUGCGUAUAACCAGCUUUUUCGAAAAUUGCAUUGCGAUAUUACAAUAAGUUUACACAUAAUUUAAAAUAAAUAGAAUUUAAGGCAUUAAUGUAUAGUUAAAAAUGAUGUAUACUAUUCUUCUUGUGUAAUAUAAAUUCUUUUAUAAAUGUCUUUAAAACUAUAUAUAUAAUUUACCAUUCGUCUGUGUAAUUUGAAUAGAAUCAAAGAUAUAAACACAUGACAAAAAAAUUGCAAUAAUGCCUUCGGCAUAUUUAUUGACUAAUCUUCAUUAUUUCAUCAAGGAACGAUUACAUUCCGUUAGCAAAAAUUGUUGUGCAAUUUUAGAGUUGAAUAA